AUGGAGCGAAUUGUUUCGUCAAUUUCUCGACCAUCAAUCGGAUCGAUUCGAUGUUUGCCUCAAUUAAAACUUAUAACUCGUGGUGCCCAUAGAGCACAUCCUGAAUCGUUUCUCAAUGCAUCUUCAUCAAAUUAUAUCGAUGAAAUGUAUGAACAAUGGUCGAAAGAUCCUCAUUCAGUGCACAAAUCAUGGGAUCUUUAUUUUCGUCAUCAACACUAUCAACGACCUCCAACAUUAGGCAUUACUCCGCCAUCACCAGCCUUAAUAGAAUAUUAUCAAAAAACAGGUUUUCUUCAACAACAACCAGUUUCUAUUGCGUCUCAACAACAAGUUCAAUUACAAACAACAAGUCCAUAUGUUAGUGGUGUUCAAGAAAUUCCACUUGAUAUGAAAGCUGUACAAGAUCAUAUGGCUGUACAAGCACUUGUACGAUCUUAUCAGAUGCGUGGUCACAAAUUAGCACAACUUGAUCCACUUGGUCUUUCAUCGGUUGAUCUUGAUGCUGAAAGACCCAAUGAUUUAACAUAUACAUUUUAUAAUUUUACUACACUUGACCCACUCGGUAUACUUGAAGCAGAUUUAUCUGGUGAACGACCUGACUCAUUGAAACUAUCUUCACAUAAUUUGAGUGAAGCUGAUCUCGAUCGAAAAUUUGUUCUUCCACCAAUAACAUUUAUAGGUGGUCAAGAAAAAGAACUUUCUUUACGUGAAAUUAUACGACGAUUAGAAAAUGUUUAUUGUCAAACCAUUGGUCUUGAAUAUAUGUAUAUAAAUAGUUAUGAAAAAUGUAAUUGGAUUCGACAAAGAUUUGAAGAUCCAGAACAGAAAAAGCUGGAAAUUAAAGAUAUUCAACGUGCAGUAAAACGACUUAUUCGAGCAUCGAAAUUCGAAGAUUAUUUAAAGAAAAAAUGGAGUUCAGAAAAACGUUUUGGGCUUGAAGGUUGUGAAGCCUUAAUACCAGCUAUGAAAAUGGUUAUUGAUACAGCUGCACAUAAAGGUGUUGACACUAUUAUAAUGGGCAUGCCACAUCGUGGUCGUCUUAAUGUAAUUGCUAAUGUAACACGUAAACCAUUGGAAGAAAUAUUUUGUCAAUUUGAUCCGAACUUAGAGCCAUCAGAUGUUUCAGGAAGCGGUGAUGUUAAAUAUCAUUUGGGUACAUGUAUUGAACGUUUAAAUCGUGCAUCAAAUACAAUGGUUAAAUUUGCUCUUGUUGCUAAUCCAUCACAUUUAGAAGCUGUUGAUCCAGUUGUACAAGGUAAAACUCGAGCAGAACAAUUUUAUCGUGGUGAUAGAACAGGUGAAAAAGCUAUGAGUAUAUUAUUACAUGGUGAUGCAGCAUUUGCCGGACAAGGUGUUGUUUAUGAAACAUUUCAUUUAAGUGAUUUACCAGCUUAUACUACACAUGGAACUAUUCAUAUUAUUUGUAAUAAUCAAAUUGGUUUUACCACCGAUCCACGUAUGGCUCGUUCAAGUCCUUAUUGUACUGAUGUAGCACGAGUCGUUAAUGCACCUAUAUUUCAUGUUAAUGCUGAUGAUGUUGACUCAGUUUUACAUGUAGCAAAAGUAGCUGCAGAAUGGCGAUGUACAUUUAAAAAAGAUGUUGUUAUUGACCUUGUUUGCUAUCGUCGACAUGGUCAUAAUGAAACUGAUGAACCUAUGUUUACACAACCAUUUAUGUAUAAAAAAAUUCAUAAACAAACUCCUGUUUUAAAUAAAUGGGUUGAUAAAUUAAUAAGUGAAGGUACAAUUAAACGAGAAUGGUACGAGGCUGAAGAAGCUAAAUAUCAAAAAAUUCUUGAUGAUGCUUUUAGUAAUUCUAAAAGUUCAGCAUAUGCUAAAGAUAAAAAUUGGCUUGAUUCACCGUGGAAAAAUUUCUUCACAUCAAAAGGUCCUUUCCCAUAUCCUGAAACUGGUGUACCUGAAGAAACAAUUAAAACAAUUGGUGUUAAAGCACAUGAAUUACCCGAAGGUUUUACUCUUCAUCGUGGUCUUCAACGUGUCUUUGAAAAUCGUGCAAAAAUGUUAAAUGCACGUGAAGUUGAUUGGGGAUUAGCUGAAUCAAUGGCUAUAGGUAGUGUUUUACUUGAUGGUAAUCAUGUUCGUCUCAGUGGACAAGAUGUUGAACGUGGAACAUUUUCUCAUCGUCAUCAUGUUUUACAUGAUCAAGAAAAAGAUCUGGUUUUUCAUGUACCUAUGAAUUAUCUUCAUCCAACACAAGGUCAUUAUACAAUAUGUAAUAGUUCAUUAUCUGAAUUUGCUGCAUUGGGUUUUGAACUUGGAUAUUCUAUAACAAAUCCAAAUUCACUUAUUAUUUGGGAAGCACAAUUCGGUGAUUUUGCCAAUAAUGCUCAAUGUAUUAUUGAUCAAUUUAUUUGUAGUGGACAAGCUAAAUGGGUUCGUCAAAGUGGUAUUGUCCUUCUUUUACCUCAUGGAUAUGAAGGACAAGGGCCAGAACAUUCAUCAGCACGAUUAGAACGAUAUUUACAGCUGGCCGAUGAAGAUGAGGAUCGUGUUACAGAAAUCAAAGAAACAAAACACAUUCAACAUACAGACUUGGCAAUGUAUCAAUUAGAUGAUACAAAUUGGAUAAUAGCAAAUAUAACAACACCAGCUAAUUAUUUUCAUAUUCUUCGUCGUCAAUUAGCUUUACCAUUUCGUAAACCUUUAGUAAUUAUGUCACCAAAAUCAUUACUUCGAUUACCUGCAUGUCGUUCAACAUUUGAUGAAAUGAUAACCGGUACAAGCUUCAAACGUGUUUAUCCUGAAGCAGGUGUUGCAUCAGAAAAUCCUGCUGAAGUUAAAAAAAUAUUAUUUUGUUCCGGAAAAACUUAUUAUGAUUUAGUUGAUGAACGUCGAAAAAAUAAACUUGAUUCUCAAAUAGCUAUUGUACGUAUCGAACAACUAUGUCCAUUUCCAUUCGAUUUAAUUCGUGAAGAACUUGAAAAAUAUAAAAAUGCAAAAAUAUGUUUUGCUCAAGAAGAACAUAAAAAUAUGGGACCAUAUUCAUUCUGUAAGCCACGUCUUGCUUGUCUUCUCCGUUCAAUGAAUGAUGAAAGAGCUGGUGAAAUAAAUUAUGCUGGAAGAGAUUCAGCAGCAUCAACAGCAACUGGUAUUAAAUCAAGCCACUAUUCAGAACAGAAGACAUAUAUGCAUCAAGCAAUGGCUUUUUAA